CUUGGAGGCUAAUAGGACAGAAGACUUGGCAGGGCCUAGGAGAUGAGAACAAGGAAGGGUGGCAGCGGUUUACAGACUGUGCUGAGAAUUGGGAGCAGAGUGUGAUGCCAGGAGAAGUUGGCAGGUGGAAGAUAGAAGUCAAAGAACGACCUCAGCUCCAGCCUUGAGCCUUGCUGUGCCCCUCUUGGCCUCAACCGCCUAGGUUCUCUGAGAACCAGACAUAGCCCCACCUCCACACGCGGACUUUCCAGUAGUGGUCGGUAGGGGUCGUGGAUCAGCGCAUUGUCCUGUAGAGUUGCCACGGCAGCGGCUGCCCGCCUGCCCACGUCCCUGCACCCCCCAGAGGGAACUUCUGCAGAAGUGGGUGAAGAGCCUCACGCAGAGGACCCAGAGGACUCUGGGCCUGCUCUCUCAGACUGUUCUCUGCCACCCAGAAAGGCUUCUCACCUCCAAUCGUCUCCUGCACCUACCAAGAGCACAUCGUUGGCUUCUCAAUGUAGUAGGGGCAUGAAGGGGGAGUCUGCUCUGGAAUCGGGUUGUUGCCACAAGACUCAGCCUCUGGGAAGGACAGGGAGCUCUCUGUCCUCCAGCGUGGACUUCCAGCUCUGCCAAGGCAACCAGGUCUUCUCAGCUUGCAGGCCACUUCCUGAUACUGAAGAUGCCCAGGGCUCAUCGUGUGCCAGCUGGUUGUGCCCCUUGCCGCCGGCACCAGCCAACUCUGCCUUGCUGACCUGUCCCCAGGGCCUGGACCUAUACCUGUGUGCCCUGCAGCUGGCAGCACUGGGCAUGGUCCCACAAGGUCCCAGAAGUGAUGCCCUGAGCACAAAGCUGCAGCCACCAGGGCCGCAUGUCACCUCCACUGACGGCGAGAAACUCAUGGCCAAGCACCCUGCAAGCAGGGACCAGAGGGGAAGCCAGCAGGAAAGAGCUGGCGAGGGGGCCCGCUGCCCAUCCUUCUCUGCCCACAGCAGCUCUUGCCCACCCCCUUGGCAGGACAGAAGGAGCCCCAGCCCUUUACCUUUCUGCUCCUGUCUGUCCUGCCUGCUGCUCACUCCCAUCUCCAAAGAGCUCCCAUUCUGUCUCCAUCCCUUCUGUCCCGCGUAUCUGUAUCCGCUUCUCCUGCCUCCGCCUUACCCGUUCACCUACGGGGCCUUACCCUCUGUCCGAUGCCCCCGCCUCUUCAGGUGGCCCCCAGAUCCUUCCCACCCCAGCAUGGCUAUGCCCAGCUUGCUGGUGAGUGUCAACGAGCCUGGGCACCCCACUGCCCAGAAGGAGACCCUGUUCCCUCACCCAGGGGCCUCCCAAGCCUCUGGCCAGAUCCAACCUUUCCAGGCCUGGAAUCCAGGCCCCGGAGCCGCCAGGACCUACUCCUCAGGGCAAAAGAGUGCUGGCAGGGGGGUUCCCACAAGGCGGACCCCACUCGGCUCCCAGACCGGCACCGCGGCGCUGCCAUACCCACUGAAGAAAGAGAACGGCAAAACCUUGUACGAGUGCAACGUGUGCGGCAAGAACUUCGGGCAGCUCUCCAACCUCAAGGUCCAUCUGCGUGUGCACAGCGGGGAGCGCCCGUUCCAGUGCGCCCUGUGCCAGAAGAGCUUCACCCAGCUGGCCCACCUGCAGAAGCACCACUUGGUGCACACUGGGGAGCGGCCCCACCAGUGCCUGACGUGCCACAAGCGCUUCAGCAGUUCCAGCAACCUCAAGACCCACCUGCGGAUGCACUCGGGGGCCCGGCCCUUCCACUGCAGUGUCUGCCCGAGUCGCUUCACCCAGCACAUCCACCUGAAGCUGCACCAGCGGCUGCACACCCCACGGCCCUGCGGCCGAGCUCACACCCACCUGCCCCUAGCGUCUGUUGCCUGCCUUGCCCGAUGGCACCAGGAAGCACUAGAUCUUGUGGGGGUGCCAUCAGAGAGGCAGUUGGGCUGGGAUUCGGAAAAGGUCAAGAGGUCCUCAGCGGCAUCCGGGGGCAAGUAAGGACAGCCAGCCUGAGCCCUGGUGCCAGGACUGCCCUGGGGAGGGGGCAGGGUAGAGCAAUGAAAGGAUUGUUCUCUAUGGCAAGUUGAGGCCUCCUGAGCUUCAACAGUGGAACAGGAAGCCACACCGGCAACCCACCAGGUCAGGGAACACAGCCAGGGAGUCUGUGAUGCCCUCUCCCGGGGUACUGCGUGCAGCCGUCUCCUGUUCCCCACCUGGGACCAGGCCCUCCAAUCUCAGCUUGCCAGUGGGUAGUCCAGCCUUCCAAGACUCUGCCUGUUGCAGACUAUGCUGCCGAGCACUGGGCACAUUGCUCUCCUUCCUGAACAGAUGUCCCAGCACCUGCCCAGAUGUAUGUCUGCUGCUUCCCACCAGCUUCUUGUCUCACAGUUCCUAAGAAGCCAUUGUGCCUUUUUAGCUGGUGCUCUCUGCCAUGGUCAGGUGGGGCUGAGCUCCUCCUUCGGCACAUGCCAGGAGCUGAGCCCCCUUGUGGGGUGGAGGGGCAGGAACACAAGGAUGACAGUGUCUAUUCAUGACCCAGAAACACGACAUCCCCCUGUGUGCCAUGACCAGCCACCACAGAGGGCAAAGGGCUAAGGAGGUGCGAGCUCGGGAAAGAGUUGGAGGAGAGAAGAACUGGCAAAGAGGACCCGAGGAGCUAGGAGCCUCCUGGUGACCUUUCUCUCUGCAAUCCUAGGGGAUGCCCUCAGAUGGGCAAGUUCUGCACCCCACUGGGGAGUUAGCAACAGGAGGGGAAAGGGCACUAGCUGAGAAGCAGGAGACCCAGGUUAUUAAUCACAAUAAACAGUAGCUAUUAUUGGGGCGCCAGGGUGGCUCAGGGGUUAAGAAUCCACUGACUCUUGAUUUUGGCUCAGAUCAUGAUCUCAUGAU